AUGACAACUAACACCAUUCCCACACCCACCCCCAGCCCCUUUUUAUUAACGUCGCUGACCCUGACUCCCACUACAACUCCCAUGACAGUUCUGCUCGGGACCGAUCACAUAGAUCGCGCUCAUCCCGGGUUGUAUCCAAAGCGACCAAUGCCGCUAAACGACCAGUACCAGCUGCUUAUCCAGCAGAGACAGAUAAUGACGCUGUACGACUACUACCUAAACCAGCGCACUACGAGCGCUAAUUCGAAUCGAUCCCGACAACCCCACCAACCACCAACAGCCAUCGCACCCAGUCCAACCGCUCUAACGCCUUUCUUUUUUGUCUCCUGUGCAGGACCGCACAGCAUCACCCGCUCCGCAGCUACAUCGCCCGCCAGCUCUACCUCAUCGCCGCCGUCGCCGCCCACGGCCCUAACCUCGCCCACCAGUUCGUUGAACGGCAGCCUGGCCGCCGCCGUAUACAACCUGCAUAGCCACGCCCACGGCCACGUUCUGGGCCACGCCACCUCGCCGCCGCGUCCGGGCAGCGUGGGCAGUAGUGUUGGCAGCAACCUCUGCUCCUCCACUUCUAUCGGCGGGGGCAACGGGAGCAACAGUAGCGGCAACAACAAUGGCAACACAAUCAGCAACAACGGCAACACGAACAGCAACAACGGCUCGAGUCCUGGCAGCCAGGCGGCAGCGGGAGGGGGCGUCGCACAGGCAGGCACUCCGCAGCUACCGCUCCGCAUGCCGCCGCCUACCAGCGGGGGCAUCAACGAGCCGCAGGAGUGCCCCUACUGCCGUCGCACCUUCUCGUGCUACUACUCGCUGAAGCGGCACUUCCAGGACAAGCACGAGCAGUCGGACACGCUGUACGUGUGCGAGUUCUGCCACCGACGGUAUCGCACCAAGAACUCGCUGACGACGCACAAGAGCCUGCAGCACCGCGGCUCGAGCGGUAUGCUCAAGCGGCUGCUCAAGACGUCGGCCAUCAAACACGGGCUGGUGGGCCACGGCCACGGACAUGGCCACCACCCGCAUCAGCACCACCACGCCCUCUCCCAUCCGCGCACCAGCCUGUUCGACUUCACCAGCGAACUGGGACAGCCGCCGCCGGGCAUCCAAUAGGAGCUAAGCUGGAACGCCAUUUUUUAGAGAACGAGCCUGCCCGCCAGUCCGUCUGUCAGGCGGACGCCAAGGAGCAGCAGCCCAGACCAGCUACACAUACUUUGCCCAUUGUUUUUGCACUGGACCGAUGACCCCUCUCCAGGAAACGAGCGGGGUCCUCAGCCUGCACUAGGUCUUAGUUUAUAUUAUUAAUUAUCGUGCGUACUCUAAGCUUAGGCAUAUUUUGGCGUCAACUGUUUUAUUAUUCUUACUUUUAUGUUACGUAAUUAUUACGAUUAUUACUAUGCCAGAGUUUUUUUUUGUAUCUAUUCGUACCAUUAGUUAUUUGUGCUUCUCUCACCUACAUAGUAGUUGAAGCACUUUCGCUGCUUCAUGUGCAAUACCUCAAGAAUCGUGUAAAUAAUUUCGAUAAAUCAUAAAUACCUCUGGAAACUGCACGAGCAGGCCAACACAAAAAGCGUGAAGUUGCGUUUAGGGAAUACUUAUUAGGAUUAGAGUUAUGUUACCAUUAACGACAGCGAAAUGGGAAGAGAAAGAAGGACUAUAACACACACACACACAAAUGCUGGGGGCGUGGGCUGGCGCUGUGCGGAUUAAACAAUUACGGUACAUAUCACGCAACUGCAAAUGAAUCUGAAUCUGUAACUCAAACUGAAACUGAAACUAAAGAUAAAACUGCAUUCAAAAUCGCAACCGAAUCUUAAACAUAAUCUGAGCCACCUGUCUAGUGCCACCGGCACUCAGGCUCUGCCCCGUCACCUCCCCGCCCAGCCCCCACAGUCCAGCGCCAAUUUUUGUUGUUUUGGUUUAAACACACACCAACAGCGUUAAACGGUCACAUACAACAGUCAUCAUACAACAAAAAUGUAAACACAUACAUAUGUAAACCUUUUUUUUUUGCUAGUAUCUACUCUUUAUCCUAUUUUAUUUGCCAACUGCUGCACUAUUGUGCGUUCUCUAAAGUGUCGGAAUCCAGUAAGAACAAAUAUGUAGAGUAAGAGAUGUGUGUUUUUUUUUUUAAUGUAAAUGUAGGACUAAUGUAAGAAUAAUGUAAGAUUAACGCAAAUCUAAUGUUAAACAUGAAGUCGAAAGAUCAGAGAAGUGUAACAAGCAACAAGCAAACAAACAAAUCCAACCAACAAACAAAAGUAAAACGUUAUCAGGGAUAAAAUAUCAAGUAAGUAGUGGAAAAGCCCUUUUUCUACUUAUACAUAUUUACGACGAAUAAAGUAACAGAAAUUAAAAUCAUUUUUUAUAUAUACACAUAUACACGCAUGUAUAUGUGCAUAUGCGUACGUGUAGUCAAAGAAAACAAUUAUACUAUAGUCUAUGUAUAAGUACAUGCAUGUACUUUACACCAUUUACCGUAUACAAUAUAUACCGAUGUACAACUACCAACGCACAAGCACCAGUACUAGUACGUUUGGUGUAUAGAAGAGCUGUAAACAUUUUUGCAAAUCGAGGAUUAACGCAUUUAACAAAACUGUAAAGUAACUCAGUGAUUUUCCACCAGCGAAGUACAAAUGUUCUGAAAUUAAAUGUAAAACCAAGUCGCAGGCUGAAGAGCAGAAAGAAUGUUAAACAAAAAGGAGUAAAUCAAAUAUCAGAGUGAAGACUAUGUUUUUAACAGUAGAAAUGCGAAUAUCCAGCUCUUGCAACACAUCCACAACCGUUAGAUCAGAAAUAGCAAGAGUUUGCACUGCAGAACAUUGUUCAUACCUCACGUGGGAGCUGCAAAACAAUAUCUUUUCAUGGGACAUCAGAUUAUCGGCACUUCAGGGACCUUAUAAAACAAAUGUAACUAGAAAAGAUAAAAACUGCCCCUACUCAGACUGGAAGUGCAAAAAAACUCCCUAAUCUGUGUUAGAAAACAAUUCAAAGUCAAUAAGAAAACGAAAAUACGAGGAUUGUGUAUCAAUUGAAUAUCUCAGGAAUUUCUUACAUUUAACCAAUUUACACUUUAUAUUAUAAUAACACACACUUAUGUAAUACAAGAACGCCUGGAAAGACAGCUACAAAAUCUUCCAAUCAAUACACCUGUAAUGGGGCAUAUCAUCUUCAUCAUCAAGAGCGAGUUUUCCGAUUUCUUGUCAUUCGCAAACAAAUUUAGACAUAGGUGCAGCAUCAUGGGCAGUAACAAAUAUAAAUACAGAUUGCAGUAGUAGGAAUAGGAACAGUUGUAGGCAAGUAAUUAGUAUUCUUUGUGCCAUGCUAUCCAGACGGAACCCUAAUAAUAGGGAUAGAAAACCCGGGAUCAGACUUCCGUAGAUAUAAUAGGGAUUUGUGAUCAGCAUUGGUUUCACAAGGUCUAUUUCCUUAUCAGCGUUGAAGCGAAGUUCCAUCCAGGUUAAAGUAUAUGGCUUACAGCGUACUCAGGCUCGUUCUUAGUAAUCAGACAUUAGUAUCGGGCAGGUGCGCACUGCAGAUCGGACGUAGUCUUAAUUAAUUUAUUCAACCUUGUGAGUUUUCGUAUAGGGAAGGUUGUCAAAAAGGAUGGGAUAGGUGAAAUGGGAGGGGCAAGCUAUUACGCACAUUUGCUUUCCCCAGUCGAGUGUCCUAAUAUUAUGUUUUUAUUCGCAUAGAUUAAAAUUUUUCCACUUACACUUACUUUUUACAUAUUUAUUAUUUUUUUUCACUAUAUAAUAUAAUUUUAAUGUAUAUUAUACUUGGUUGUUCUGAACUUUAACAAACAUUUUUAAUUUCAUUUUAUAUUAGCUUUUAGUUUUCUUUAAAUUUAUUACUUUUUUUUAUUGAAA